CUAGAGUAAAACCUAUCGUCAUCGAUCAUAAUUUUCCAUUGUUAGUUCAUUAUUGAUGACCACAAUCACGACCAUGGGUCCAGUUUGUUUCAAGAUUCUCGUUCAAGCCAUAUUUAUGUUGUGUUUGACGAUGUCGCAGUACUUGCAUCAUGUGAAGUAUGUUUCUGCUGAAUUUUGGUGCAAAGAUAGUGAGAAGCUUGCACUCCUCGACUUCAAGUCAGGUUUAGUUGACGACUACGGAGUUCUGUCAUCAUGGGAAAGAAACGAAGAUUGUUGCCAUUGGAGAGGUGUUUUCUGCAACAACCUAACAGGCCAUGUACAAUACCUUGAUCUUAGUGGUCUCUAUGAUAAUCCUCUUGUUCCCAAUGUCGGUCUCGGAUAUACAGCUCGUCGCUUGAAGGGUCAGAUCCACGCAUCAUUGUUGGAGUUGAAGCAUUUGGUGUACUUCAAUCUCAGCUAUAACUAUUUUCUCAACACCCAUAUUCCACAAUUCUUUGGAUCUCUCUCUAACUUGGAAUCUCUUGAUCUCUCACAUUCUUAUUUUAGUGGUCAAGUUCCACCACAACUUGGUUCUCUUUCAAAAUUGUUGUACUUAAAUCUUGAAGACAACAAGCUUGAUGGUUCAAUCCCUUACCAACUGGGAAACCUUUCUAGCUUGUUGUAUCUUUCAUUAUGUCACAAUGAUUUUGAAGGAACAAUACCUUCUGAGCUUGGAAAACUUUCAAGCUUGGAGCAGCUUUGCCUUGGAGGACACGCCACCUUUGGUGCUCUCACAGUUGAUAAUCGCGGAGGUCAAUGGUUGACCAAUCUCACCUCCUUAAUCGUUCUUGAUUUAAGCGAGGUGAUUAAUCUAAACAACUCUUAUAUUUGGAUGCAAAUUAUGGUUGGUAGUUACCUACCUCACCUUCAAGAACUCCACUUAAGAAGUUGUUUCCUUUCUGAUCACUAUUUGAUCGAGUUUAUGUCAAAUUUCAAAUCCAAUUCUUCUUCUUCACUUCGAAGUCUUGAUCUUAGUAACAACUACUUCGAGUCACCCAUGAUUUUCAAGUGGAUAUCCCAAGUCAACCCCAACCUUGUUAUUCUAGAUCUUUCUGUCAACUCCUUGAAGGGUCCAAUACCAAGUGAUUUUGGCACAGUAAUGACAUCACUGCAAGAACUUUACCUCAUUGGUAACAGAUUCACCAAGGGCAAGGAUUUGAGAUCCUUAGCAGAUAUAUGCAGUUUGAUGGAAUUAAGCUUGAUGGAAAACAACUUAGAUGAAGAACUUGCAACAAUUCUUCAAAACUUGUCAGCUGGUAGUUGUUCUGGACACUCAUCACUUUUUGUACUCUUCCUGAACAUGAACCAAAUAACCGGAGAGUUUUCCAGCAUUUCGACUGGUUUUCCAUCUUUGAUACAACUGAGUCUUGCUGGAAACCGGUUAACCGGAAAGAUCCCUGAAGACAUCACAUUGCCAUCCAAGUUGGAGUCUUUGUCUAUUGGAUCAAACUUCUUAACAGGUGGAAUUCCAAAGUCUUUUGGAGAUGCAUGUUUGAAUUCUUUGAGUCUAAAUAAUAACUCUCUGAAUGAAGAGCUUCCUCUGAUAGUUAACCACUUAUCUGGAAGAUGUGCUGGCAACUCGCUUCAAGAAUUAGACCUGAGCACCAACCGAAUCAACGGCACACUGCCUGACAUGUCGAAAUUGAUUCCAUUCUUGGAAGUGUUGAAGCUUAAUGAAAACAAUCUGAGAGGGACUAUACAAGCAGAUUAUAGAUUUCCAUCUCAGCUGGCCACUCUGGAGUUGGAUUCAAACUCUUUAGAAGGUGUGAUCUCUGACUCUCAUUUUGCAAACAUGUCCAAGUUGAAGUACCUGAGUUUAUCAGGCAACUCGUUGACUUUGAUGUUUAGUCAAAAUUGGGUGCCACCUUUUCAGUUAGAAGAAGGAAUAUUAUUGAGAUCUUGCAAACUAGGUCCAGCUUUUCCCAAAUGGCUGCAGACACAAAAUAGCUCUUUGAUUGAUAUUUCCAACACUGGAAUUUCAGAUGUGGUUCCUAACUGGUUCUGGGAAAAACUGGCAUUUCCAAUGCCAAUGGAUGUGGAUAUUUCACUCAAUAAUCUCACAGGUAAAAUUCCAAAUUUACCUAUAUGGCCUAGCUAUGUAGAUACUUUAAGUCUUGCUUCAAAUCAAUUUGAAGGUUCAAUUCCACCAUUUCUAAGUGGGGCUUAUAUUCUUGACCUAUCCAGUAAUAAGUUUUCAGAGUCUAGGCUGUUCUUUUGUGCUUAUAAUAAUGCUACAAUUGGCAUGCCAAUAAGCAUUUUGAGCCUUUCAAACAAUACUCUAUCUGGCUCCAUUCCCAAUUGUUUGAGUCAUUUCAAGUCAUUAGUGUAUCUAGAUUUGAGUCAUAAUAAGUUCAAAGGAAAGAUUCCAACUUCAAUAGGAUCUCUUCUUAAUCUUGGAAUCUUGAUAUUGAGAAACAAUAGCUUAACUGGGAAGGUUCCUUCGUCUUUGAGGAGUUGCACAAACCUAAUUAGGCUUGAUUUGAGUGAAAACAAAUUAUCAGGACCUAUUCCUUCUUGGAUUGAGAGUUUACAGAAGACAUUAACAAUGGUAAGCUUAAGCAGCAAUCACUUCCAUGGAAGUUUACCAUUAAAUCUUUGUCAUCUAACAAACCUUCAUCUGUUAGAUCUCUCUUUGAACAAUCUUUCUGGACAAAUUCCCAUCUGCUUCAAGAAUUUUACUACAUUGGCUCAAAUUAGUACCCCAAUAAAUGUUUCUCUUCGUUUCCAAGUCAAUAUUGGUGGAGAUAUCAUUUUCAGAAGUGUGAACUAUAUGGCAAUUUUGAUGUGGAAAGGUGCACAAAGAAUCUUCAUAGAGAAACAUUUAUUCUUGAAAAGCAUUGAUCUCUCUAGUAAUCAAUUAUCUGGGCAAAUUCCAACAGAACUAGCUGAAUUAUUCGGCUUAGUUUCGUUGAAUUUGUCGAGGAACAGCUUGACAGGAACAAUUCCUUCAAUGAUUGGAAGGCUAACAUCACUGGAGUUUCUUGACUUGUCAAGAAACCAACUCUCUGGUUCCAUUCCCUCUAGUCUCACUCAAAUCUACCGGCUCACCAUGUUAGAUUUAUCACAUAACCAUCUAGCCGGAGUGAUUCCAACUAGCACACAGUUGCAGAGUUUCAAUGCUUCAAGCUAUGAAGAUAAUCUUGAUCUUUGUGGACCUCCACUUCCAAAACUGUGCAAGGAAGUAGUGAAACCUCCAUUGCCACCACCACAAGAUGAGGAUGCCUCAGUUUUGUCCCUUGGAUUUUACAUAAGUAUGGCACUUGGAUUUGCUACUGGAUUUUGGGGAAUCUUUGGCUCCAUGCUGGUCAAUCGCCGUUGGCGCCAUGCAUAUUUCAGGUUCUUGAAUACUUUAAUGGACCACAUUUAUGUCACCAUAGCAGUCAAAUUUGUCAAGUUCAAAAGGAGACUCAGAGGUUUGCAGUCUUAGUUGGGAACGCUUAAACAUGUUAUUCUCCUGUGCAAUGCAUGUUUUCUAAGCUUGAAGCUAGGCUAUGAUGACUGAUGAGGGCUACAUUAGAUCUUGUAAUGUAUUAUGUAACUUCAAUUUUUCAUGUACUUUCAUUUUUCUUAGUUUGUUGGAAAUUAAACUUGUGUUUUGUAAUAAAUAAAGUCUUAGACUAUAUAUAUGUAAUUAAGACGCUAGAAGUGUUAAAACUGUAA